AUGGCUUCUAUCAUGUCUGCCCCAGACUACUCUAUGGCUGCGACGAGUCGUUCGCACCUGAGUGUACGUCUGCCUAAAGAAACUCUUUACUCGUCUUUGAGGGAAUCUUCUCGCUACUUUAACUUUGACUCAGAAACAGCCAAGCUUGCUCGAGAUGCUGAUGAGUGGCUUGCAACGCAUCCCAACGGUUCGGGAUCUAAGGAGAAAGAUGUCAACGGUAUAAGUCGACCUUCGUCAAUUGCCCCAAGCAACUUUAGUGUUCGAUCUUUACCAGCAGACUACAGUAUGCCAGAGUAUCAUGGUAGAGACUUUCCUCAUCCUGUCAUGGGCUCAGUGCGUCACAACUCGAUUAGACCUCGAUCUGCUGCUCCAACAGAGAGCACUGAGAAGCUUCGCUCAUCCCCUCCUGUGGACAGUGUUGAGCCCACGGGCCCUGAUCAAGAGUACCCUACUGGAGUGAAGCUCGCCUUGAUCACCCUCGCUCUCUGUCUCGCCGUCUUUGUCAUGGCCCUAGACAACUCCAUCAUUGCAACCGCAAUUCCCAGAAUCACCGAUGCCUUCGAAAGUCUCAACGACGUGGGGUGGUACGGCUCAGCAUACAUGCUCACAACGGCCGCACUGCAACUGUUCUUUGGUAAACUGUAUACCUACGGCAGCAUCAAGUGGACCUUUCUGUCAGCCAUUGCUAUCUUUGAGGUCGGUAGCCUCAUCUGCGGUGUCGCCCCCGACAGUGUCACCCUCAUCGUGGGACGAGCUAUCGCCGGCGUCGGUGGCGCUGGCAUAUUUGCUGGUGCGCUCACCAUCCUUGCCUUUUCUGUGCCUCUUCACAAGAGACCUAUCUAUACAGGUCUUGUCAGUGGUAUGUGGGGUAUUUCUUCCGUCGCUGGGCCUCUGCUUGGUGGUCUCUUUACAGACAAGGUUUCAUGGCGUUGGUGUUUCUACAUCAAUCUUCCUAUCGGCGCCAUCACCGUCGUUGUCAUUCUCUUCUUCUUCCCCGAGCCCGAGCGUGAUAUCGAGCCUGCGACAUGGCGCGUUCGCUUCUGGCAGCUUGAUCCUAUCGGGACUGCCAUCUUUAUGCCCGCCAUCGUGUGUCUUCUGCUGGCUCUGCAAUGGGGUGGUGUCGACUACGACUGGGAUGAGUCAGUCAUCACGUCCCUCUUCAUGCUGGCUGCCUUUCUUCUCAUCUUGUUUGUCUACGUGCAGUACAAGAUGGACGAAAACGCCACUGUGCCUCCUCGUAUCUUCAAGAAGCGCACCGUCUGGGCUGGCGCCUGGUUCUCAUUCAAUACGGGCGCUUGUUUCCUCACUGCCAUGUACUUCCUGCCAAUUUGGUUCCAGGCAGUACAAGGACAAAGCCCUAUCAUGUCGGGCGUGAGAAACCUUCCGAUGCUUCUCGGCAUCGUUCUCUGUGCCAUGGUCGCUGGUGCAGCCGUCACUGCCUGGGGCUACUACACGCCCUUUAUGAUUGCCGGCUCUGUCCUCAUGGCCAUCGGCUUCGGCAUCAUCACCACAUUUGAAGUCGAAACAUCAACAGCCAAAUGGAUAGGCUACCAGCUCAUCGCCGGCAUUGGCGUAGGCGUUGGUCUUCAGCAAUCUCUCAUCGCCGUCCAAGUCGUCUGCGAAAUGGUCGACGUCCCCACAGCCACAGCCCUCAUCGUCUUCGCUCAAACCCUCGGCGGUGCGCUCUGCGUCACUGCUGGAAACACUGUCUUUACCAACACGCUCAUCAACAAGAUCAAUGAGCAUGUGCCCGGUCUAGACCCGCACUUUGUCAUUGCGACUGGUGCGACCAACAUUCGCAGUGUGAUCAGAGAGGAGUGGCUUGAUGGAGUGAUUCUCGCGUACAAUGACGCGCUGACAACGAGUUUCUAUGUUGGUGCUGGAACCGCGUCGGCAACGAUCAUUGGUGCGCUGUUGGUGGAGUGGAGGAGCGUCAAGGGUCAUGAAAUUGAGAUGGGAGCGGCUUAG